AUGACAUACACAAACGCACACCGUCUUUUUGUCCAAGCCUCUAUGUCAGAACGCUUCUUCACGGAAGCUAAAGCUAUUGAUAUGUAUACAAAAGCUUGUGACGCAAAUAAUGCUUUUAUCUAUUAUUUAAAUACUUCUCUGGCUUUAUAUUUUGUAAUUCUCGUUAUGUCAAUAAACAAAGAAAGAGCUCCAGAAGAAUUUCAAGAGUUCGUCUCGACAAUUAAUCAAAAACUUAAUCUUGUUGAUAUGGAGUUUCGAAGAAGUCAUGAAGAAGAUGAUGGAAAUCCAGUUUGGGCUCUAGUAAACACUAACGGAGAUGAAAUUGCAAAAUUAGCCACCGAAUACUCUCCUGUUGAGAUUUCAUACUUCAAACGAUUGAUUGAACUUAUUGUGACUGCGGAUGAUGACGCGUUUUCCGCCUCUUCAAUUAUGUCGUUGAAAGAAGCCUCAAAAAUCAAGACACCUCUUACAAAAAGUGCAGCAGAAACUCUUCUGCAACGAUUUGUUGAUGAUAAAUGGCUAAUUCAAUCACAGUUACGAUUCAUAAAAUGGAAAAUAUUCUAUGAGUCAAAGAACAAUUCUCGAACUACAAGCUUAUCUGAAAGACGAGGUCAACGUUGUGACGUACAGGAAUGUAAGUCGCGUUUUCACCAUCACUGUGCACGUCGUUAUUUUUCAUCGCAAAAUGAGAAAGUUUGUCCAGCAUGUAAAAUUGCUUGGAAGAGUUCUAAUAUUGUUGGGGAUCAUUAG